AUGUCUAUUGACACUCCUCAGACCUGCUCUUUGCUGGAUUGCGUCUUCGCCGGCGCAGGGGCGACGACCAGGCUUCGAGGCAGCGCUGUCCAGACAGGGCGGAGCACACUCUUUGCAGAGGAGCCGUUGGCAUAUCGCGCAUCAGGUCGUGCACCCGGAGGCUACGAAAGCCGCGUCAAGGAAGAUGACAAGCCAGUUGAGAUCAAAGGCUUCUUGGAGGCGGCUCUAGUAAAGGCCAACCUCCUUGACCGGGCAGAAGAGAUCAGGACUUGGUGUGAAGAACAAGGCGCGGAACUUCUGGAGGAGCUCUUGGAUGAGUUGGAGUCCUUGCAGGAGGAUCUCAGCCUCGAAGACGGCGAGACUUCGCGGCUCGAGACGGCGUUGAUGGAGACGCAGAAAGACGCAGUAGAAGAACGCGAGAAAAGGGACAAAGCAGCGAGGGAAGGAAUGGCAACCCUUGGGCACAAGCUCAUCAGUGGACAAGUCUCCCUGGAAGCCGUGCAGAAGGCAUACGACUCCAUGGACCAGGAGACCUGA